UAGGCAUAUUUAGUUUUUAUAUGUUUGUUUCCAUAAAUUUUGUAUUUUAUUUAGCGACGAUACAAUUAAUUAUGAAGGUUAAUUUAAUAUUGUUCUAUGAACUGUAAGUUUUUUUAUCAAAAUGGAAGCCCAUUUACACGACGUGCCUGUCCUAAGUACUUUGCAACCGAUGCACAUUCAUCAACAACAACAAAAUAUAAAUCAAAUAAAUAUUCAGCAUCAGCAGCAAGUAGAACCACUUCCGCCGCCUCCAGAGCACAAGCCAAAAGUAGAUAAAAAGAAAAAAGAGGCUAUAGAUGGACAAGCACGCGAAAUCAUAUUCAAAGUAAUCAAAUUCUUCGAAAGCGAAAAGCAAAAUAGAGGAUAUGCAUUUCCAGUGGAAAAUGUAGUAAAACGCGCCUGUGCAGCAACUGGGCUCUCAGAAAGUACAAUAAAACGAAUAAAAAGGGAAGGACUGCGCGCUGAGGCGACCCAAACUAAAAUGACAGGACCUAAGAAGAAACGAAUGCGAAAAACCAAAGUUCAGUUAGAUUACUAUAAACUGUGUGCUCUGCGUGGCAUAGUAAAUAGUUACGCUUCAAGAAAAGAAGUACCAACGUUAGGUAAGAUUCUAGCUGCUGCUAAACACGAGCUAGAUUAUAGAGGUGGUAAGGAAUCGCUAAGAUUAAUAUUACUUAAUAAAUUAGGUAUUAAAUUUAAAAAAUGUGAAAAGAAAAAGAGUGUUAAACAAGAAGAGGUUCCUCCACAGUACCAGCCUCCACCCCCAGUAAUGACACAUAUCCAAAUGGAGCCAAUGAAGCCAGAAAACCAUUGUAUUUAUACAAAUAUGAUGCCUCAUGUUCCACCUGUGUCUUAUUAACAGUAUUAGUGUACAUAUGUUCUGUGAGU